UUCCAAGCUCCAUAUCAUGUCCAUCUAAAUUCUUGAAGGAAGCCAUGAAGGUUCAGCAGCUGAUGUCAGGCUUCUGGGAGCAACUCCCUUCUUCCUCUUCGUCUUCUUCUUCCUCCUCCAUCUCCUCUUUGACGACCGAUAAGUCUAAGCGCCUCCGUCCACUUGCACCGAAGCUCACCUCCACUGCUGCUGCUUCGACCGCCGACACCAGGAACUCUCCUCUCUUGAAAAGCUUCGAUUGCCCGGUGACCUCCAAGAGCACCUCCGGAAACCUUAAUGUCUCACUAUUGCAGUUGCAGAUGCAGUCAGGGGGUACGCGGUGGAACCCGACGCCGGAGCAGAUAGAGGUACUGGAGGCGCUGUACCAGGGUGGCAUGCGAACGCCGAACCCGCCCCAGAUCGAGCGGAUCGCCGCAGAGCUUGGCAAGUACGGUAGGAUCGAGGGCAAGAACGUGUUCUACUGGUUUCAGAACCACAAGGCACGCGAUCGGCAGAAGCUAAAGCGCAGCUCGCUCCUCGCCCUUGCCACCAACACUGCUUCUGAUCUCUCCAGUCUCAAAGAAGAAGAAAUGAGGGAGUGCCAUGACGGCAGCUGCAAGCGCAAGUGCAGGAGCUGGGGCCGCCAUGAGCUGGACGUGGAAGGGAGUGGACCAGGUGAUCAGACCUUGGAGCUCUUCCCACUGCGCCCAGAAUGGAAGCAUGCAGAUUGAAUAGCAUCUACAGAGAAUUAAGACCACCGUUCUUUCUUUCUUCUUUGAUCGUUAGCUUGGCUGUCUCACUUUGCCCUCAUGUUGAGCCAUGUUUCUUGACUUCCUUUUUUCUCACAGCUUCUUUUGAAGCCCAUAGGAAAGUGGAGCUUCUUUUGUUGCAGUGCAUUCUUUUCCUUUGUCAACAUGCAGUAGCAGGUGGAGGAGACUGCUCGAGCUGUGCUUUCCGUGCUGGUCUUUCUCUUCUUUUCUUUUCUGCUUUCCCUUUUUCCUCUUGUCAUGCUUUGUUUCUGAACGCAAUGUUCUCAUGAUAUACGACACCAGAAACUGCAAUGCUGGUCACAGGCAACAUCCAGAAAGAUGAUCUCCAAUCUCCAACAAACUAAUCUCUUGUUUCCCAAAUCCUUGGUCUUCUUCUUCACCUUCCUCUGCAUCUCUUAGCCUAACAAUCCUCCACAAGACAACUUUUCCUUGUGGAAUGUGCGAACUAUAUCUCUAUUCUUGGAUAAGAUGCAUCAAGCAUUUGCUGUA